CACCCAUGCUUUUGUUCAUUACUCGUAUUGUUGUUUUGAUGAAAUUACAUGGGCAGUCUCGUCAAGUGGUGCCUUUGGAUCAAAGACUACUGUGACAAAACUCACGCGGUGGUGACAGUCUAUAAAUAGGGUCAACCGACACGGUUUCUGGUUCAUGCCAUUGCAUUAAGCAAUAAGAAAAGACUGUGGUAGAGAGUCAAGAGUGGCCUGGUCUCUAGUGGGGGGAAAAAGAUGGAGAGUGGAAGAAAGAAGAGAAAAAUGGGGAAUCAAGAAGAAGAAGAAGAUGAUGAAGAAGAAGAAGAAGAGAAGGUGGAGAAGUUCUUUGCUUUGAUCAGAAGCACAAGGGAGAUGCGUGAUCGUCUAAGAAACGUGCCCAAUGGAUCAAAAGAGGAAGAAGAGAGGAAGAAACAGGAAGAGAAGCAGGUUGCUGCAGUGUGGAAUCCAAAAUUCCAACCAGAAGAUUUCAUGGAGGAUUCCAAGCCUAAGAACCUACUGGCAGUGAAUGAAGCAGGUCCUUCCUCGAACAGAGAACAAGAACAAGGACAAGAUACCAAGGAAGGAGGAGAAGACGGUGGUUUAGACCUCAAGCUUUCUUUGUAGUGAACUUUUUCUUCUUCUUGUUGCAUGUUCAAAAGAAUGGAAAAGCAGUCAAACCUUCCUACUGUUACAUAUCAAUUCAUAUCUUUCAAGUGCUUUUUGAAUGGACCCCGGAUGCUAAUGUCUAAAUUUGUCACUCAAA